AAUCGAUAAUUUCCUCGCGGGGGUCCGAGCCGUCCGAGGGGGUCUCAGAAUUAACACGCUCGCGCUUAAAUUAAUACAUCGGUUGUGUCUCUUGGGGCAUGUCACAGGUACAGGUGCGGCGGAUAAUUCUCGUCAUGUUUGGCCACCUCGUUCGACUUGUGCGCGUGUCAUCACUGGUGUAAUAUUAUCUAGCUUGCAUACAUAGUAAACAAGUGCGAUGCGGGUGCAGCAGUAGUCGUGCGUCUUGUAUUGCGUGUCGGCUACUAGGAUUUAGCGAGCUUUGGUUUUCGAGCUGUAUGUGUGAUCGUGUCUGUGCCGCUUCUCUCUUGCCCCCAUGAAUAUUCCUCCUGGAGCAGAGAUUUUAUGGACUGACUCUAUCGGAGACCGCCCCAAUAUUAUACAGGAACUGGUCAUUCAGUCGUUGGUCAAGGAAAUGAGCAAGCCGGAGAACAACAUCAACGCUCUGUCCUGGCGGAGGCUACACCUCAGCAGGGCUAAGCUCAAGGCCUCCAGCAGGACGUCGGCUCUUCUCUCCGGGUUCGCAAUGGUGGCCCUGGUAGAGAUCCAGCUGAGCAAGGGCAUUUCAUCACAGCUGCUGGUCGCGUUCAGUGUGUGCACGACGCUGCUCGUGUCAGUGCACAUGCUUGCGCUCAUGAUAUCGACAUGCAUCCUGCCAAACUUGGAGGCCGUGGCCAGCGUGCACGGCAUUGCUGCCGUCUCCGAGUCGCCCCACGAGAAGAUGCACCUCUACAUUGAGACAGCCUGGGCGUUUUCCACUGUCUUCGGCAUCUUGCUCUUCAUGGCAGAGAUUGCCAUUCUCUCCUGGGUGGUCUUUCACGAAUACAGAGAUGCCGCCCUUGCCGCCACCAUCAUCCUCAUACCAGUUGCCAUUGUGUUUGUCGUCUUUGCCGUGCACUUCUACCGACAGCUCGUGACACACAAGUUUGAGCAGUCGGUGAUGAGUGUCAAAGAGCUUGAGAACAUGGUUAGCCAGCUUCAAGAUGGAGGUGGGGGCAGCACUGACAAUGCAGCAUCGCUUCUCAACGUCUGAGUUUAAUGUUGCCCAAUGAACGGUAUUUGCCUGUUUUCCUGCCGGUUGGGGCGGAAGUGGCGCUAUGCAGUGAAUGUAAGUUAUUGCUGUACACACUGCCCGUCAUUGUUCGACAGACGUUCUGUGAAUGAUAAGUACAUGCUUGUUUUGUUUGCCCACAGAGGCCUGUUCUAUGCACCACUUCAAGUGUCUAAAGCAAGGUAUGAUGUACUGAAUGUUAAAGUCAGCCGCUUCAAAUCAAUACUUUGAUGCCAAAACCUUUAGAAAGCCCUUGGCAGACUUCUAGUUCCUUUCUGUGUGAUGUUUGUACAACGUAGCUUGACACGCACACAUACCUUUUCCUAAGCAUGGGAUUCUGAACAAUAAAGGCCAAUGAACAGUAUUACAUAAUGUAAAAUUGCGCCUAUUCUUACAUGUUGUUAUCGCCAAAUUUCGUGCAAAUGUACAUGUGAACCUUUUUCACAUCUCAUUGUCGGUGAUAGUGUUGUCACUCAUCCAACUAUGAAACUUUGGCUUUUGAUGGAAAUGGCAGUGUUGAGGCCUCGGAUUCCAGUUAAGUGUUGCUUUAAAACAUGACAUUUCAGCAUCGGUGUAUACUGGCACCUGUUCAUUGCUUUAAUUUUUCUCUCCGAGUAGUGUGGCCAUCGAACUGUAGCCAGUUGGGCAUGCCAGGUUCUUCUUCCUUCAGAGGCCUUGCGUAGCUGUCUCUUUGAAACGCAGCUGUGUGCAUUUGCUUCCUAUUUCUUGAGAUGCACUACAACACACCAGUUUAUUUCUAUUCGCAGUUCUUAGAGCGAGGAUCAAUAAUAGGUUUUAACGGUGCAAGGGCAUCUUCGGCCGAAGAGUGUGAAGACUUAGAACAACUUGCUUACACAAUAGUGACUAAUUGGUUGUAGUGUUCGAGUUAAUUCCUGGCCACAGUGACCACAUUAUGGUAAGGGUUAAGUGUAAAACAUUCUUGUUUUGAGAUAGUAUGCAUUUUGCAGAUCAUCAGGUAGACAAAUUUAAUCCAAAGCGCUCCACUGUGGUCGCUCUGAUAACCCAGCUGCAGCUUGGGGAUGUAAAGCCAGUGAACUAUAUUGAACUCGGAUGUCGCCUGUUAGUGUGAAGUUAAAAUGGUGUGCAUGUUACUAGAGCUGGAAAUGUUUGUGGUGCAAAAGGUUAAUAAAAAGAAGAUGGACAGAAAGAAUGUCAAAUGGUGCUCUUUCUGUCUGUCUCUCCUUUUUCUUCUGCUAACCUUUUACACCACAAAUAACGACCGGUAUGCACUUACUAGCUCAACAUUGUACUCUGUGUUACUAGAGAUGUGUGGUACUUUGACAAACUUUCAUAAUUUCUUGUGCACAUAUGCCUCGCAAAUCUCCCUCGAGAACCUUUUGGAACAGUCUUUAAAACCAACGUUUUCCACUUAUCUUUAAGCCUUUCCACCAGCAUCCUUUAGCACAACUUGUGCACCGUGGAGUGAACUGUCAGUCAAGUUGAUGCAUGUCCAUAUGAAGGAAAAGUGAGCGCAACAUUCUAAAUUACACAAAAAUUACGAAGCGGACUAGGUAGGUGCUCACUGACAAUCGAGUUGAGCACUUGUCCCGUCUGCUUUUUGGUCUGUGUUCGCUGUCGUGGUUUGCUUUUUUUUUUUCAUUCCUCCUUAUAUGUAUAAUGUAAGCCGCCCCCCCCCCCCCCCCACUAGCAGAAGUCAUUCUCGAAUGGGCAUUCCAUACUGCAUUUUUUUCUAUUUUGCUUGUACUCCUAAACCAGGUACCACAAUCAUAUGAAGCCAACAGACAUUGUUUUUUUAUUUCCUGUGUCAUCUUGUCUGUUGUUUUGAUAUGAUUGUGACUAGCAAAAAUUGGGCCCUUUGGUUCCCCCUCUUCUUGUUCAAACCAAGGGCUGCAUUUCAAGUCGAUCACAUUUGGGAUUAUCACUUUCAGCAGACGCUAGUUGUUCCAAUGAAGUGUUGUACUGCAUGUUGCUUUGCACAAAAAUGAAAGUGACCCCUGAAACUAUUAAGCACAUGGCCCCAGCAUCCCCUAUAGAACUUCACUCGAACAGCGUAACUGACACAAGGACACAAAGGGAAACAAAUGCCACAAAACUCUGUGUCCUUGUUUUUCGUGCUGUUUGAGCAGAGUUCCAAAGGUGAGCCAACUAGCCCUCACCAAGAUGUUAAUAAAGCAUCCCCUACUUUUAUGCAUUUAACAUGCCACACUAUCAAUCCGUUUUUUUUUCUCUUCUGUCUGUAUUCAUGUUCGUCAAAUAUUUACUUUCUGCACUGUAUUUCUUUUAAUAUAGCUCCUGCUUUUCAGGCCAUAUUGAUAAAACAUAGUAGUGCCCUGAAACUAGCCAUUGUUAAAAAAAGAUGGCAGCUGUUUCAGUGGGUGCAGGAUUUAGGCGCACGAUCUUUUGAGCAAUGCUGUAGACUCUUGUGUAGAGAGCAAAGAUCUUGCUCAGGGACUGUAUUAUGCAAGGAUUUUUUUUUUCCCCUACUUCUGCCCUUCAUUGGCUAUCAUGAUUCCAAUCUUCACUCUGGGCCAUUUGCUACGGCAGGAAAUGACGAAUAGAAUUGAAAGAAAAGAAUCCAUACAUAUUCUAUUUUUUAAUUCUUUUGACGCUUUUGUGCUACAUAACAGUCAUUGAUGGCUAAUGUGUGUGACACUUGCAUUAUAAACACUGUACUUGUAUUUAGUAUGCAUAAUUUGUUUUCUAUGUUACAUACAAUAUCAAAAUCUUCAGACAGAUAUUUUUGUUUUUUUUAUGGGAAGGCUAUGAGCGCAGCAAACGUGUCAUUUUUGCAGAGGGGUUACUAGGCAAGGCGGACAUACUUUGCCACAAAUAAUGCGAGUCUCAGAAGUCUCGCAUUAUUUAACAGUCGUUCAUUAAUCUACUUAAUAUUACGUCUUGGACAGUUGUUUACAUGGCAAACUUGAAGGCAGUCGUAUCUUAAUGCACCUUCAUUUUUGAAAGAUGCUGAUAAUUGUUUGCAACUCACAAUAAUUAUCAAAUUUCUACACUCAGUCCGGGCAAUAUCAAAACCGAAGUGCACUGGGAAUGGACAAAAGGCAGCCCAGCAUCAUGUCAUGUGGAAACACCCUGCAACAAAAAGCGUGUCGAAGUUUGACCCUGAACUUCGCAGCAGAUACUGAUGCAACACAUUUUACCUGGUAAGCCUCUGCCGGUACACGCCAUAUCAGUAUUUGUUGUGACAUGCCAUCAUACAGACUUUGUCACUGGGCAUUUCCAUCUGACAUAAUGGGAAUGGGCUGCCUUCUAUGCUUGCUUGGUUUCAAUAGUGCCUGGAUUGAGAUUUGGUAAUGAAUAUAUGGAAUUGGGUGACAUUUUGAAGGUUGUAUUAAAAUGGGGGUGCAUUAAAAUGUAAGUGCCUCCAAAUUUGCCACAUAAACAUAUGCGACAAAAUUUCUAAUAAAAUGUUGACCAAGCAGAGCAUGUCUGCCUCAUCUUACAACACCUCUGCAAUAAUGCAAUGUUCGCUACACUCGCAGUCAUUCUAUAAAAAAAUCUUUGUAGUCUAAAAAAAGCUGGAGAAAAUGAGUGCCCCGUCUUCCAGUGCUUCUUCAAUGUUUACAUCUUGUUGGGCUUUGCAAACUGUUGUAAUCUCACAUCUGCAUUUAAAUGGAAGAUACGUCGCAGAUUGCUUGAAGUUCCCGCUUCUUAAUACUUUUACUUUGUUUCGUUGCUAGCUCAAGAAGUGGCAGCAAUGUGCAACUUAAUGCCAGCAAAAGUUGGUAUGCGGCAUGAGACAACCGUCAGUGCUAGAAACAAGCGGCACUCUGCGAGAACUUCCUUGUAAAUAGCAUGUUCUGCUGAUAGGGUAUGAUGCCGCCAGUAUUGUGAACAGUGUGUUGGACUGAUCGGGCGAGCCGUACAUGCCUGGAAUGCUAAACAGCAGGCUUAACGAACUUGUGCCCGUCUCAAAGCAGUUGUAGUGACAUCCAAGUGCUGAGACUACAUCCUUUUCCAAGCUGGGCUGAGACUACAUCCUUUUUUGAAACUUGUGCAGGAUUGCCUUCUGUUCACUGCCUGAAGAGUAUAAAGAACAAACUCUUACACUAAAUUUUGCUCAGGUGCCUUUAAUGUCAAAGUUGUUCUUGUACUGUAACAAAAGAAUAUUGCGCGCCAAUCUCGUUACGUCAAGAAAACAGGCAUGUAAUGUAAGCAGGGUCUUGGCAACUUAGUUAAACUGAAAAGUUGAGCCUUACACAAAUGCUGGCGGCAAACUUGCAAGGAGUGAAUACAGUGCAGAUGCUCUCUGCCUAGCAAAGGUGUGUCAGUGUUGUGCCAAGGCACAUACCAGAAACAAUAUAUUCAUAUUGAACCGCACCUGAUCCAAGCCUUUUCUUUUUUUUUUUUUGCUUUACAUGAUGGAGUUAGAAAUGCUCCCAAGUGUUUGCCUGUGUGCAAGGAAUGUGAAAACAGAUUUACACCAUUUACAGCACCGCAGGGAAAUUUGUCGACUUCGAACAUUACUUGGAAAACACGUCAGCAGCUGUCGGGUGCAAGCUAUGGUCCUUCUGUUCUCUCACUGAAUUAGUUCUAAUUUGGAAAGUGCAGCUUCCAGCAUCCUGUGAAAGAGGCCACUAGGCACUAUGAGGCAAGGAACCAUGUUUGCCUAGCACAGUGCUGCUACCACAAGCAUACUGAGCACCUGCUAAAAACGAAUAAACAGUCACUUAUUCACGCAAUCGCAUCUUUCCAUAGUUUCCUAUCACAUUUACUAGACUAGACAGUGAUGUUAGUGCAUACGGAAGCUGCAAGCAUGCUGGUUCAGUCAGCAUGGGAAUGAUGGAUGGCACAUGGAUUUGCCUAUGCUUUGUCCUUUGGGCUUCAAAUGCCUUUGCGACUUUUCAAAUUGAUCAUUUUCAGCAGCACAUCAAGCCGCAAAUUCCCCAUGUAAAUGAACAGGGAACCAUCGAGAAAUGUGCAUAUUCAAGAGAAGAUGUGGACAGAACAGGUCCCGCACUUAUGGCUAAGCUUUUACUGUGUCUUGUACAUUUAUACCCUCGCGUACACAUCUGUUUUACUAGUUUGUCAAUCAUUCAUAAGGACAUCAUGUGACAACUUACCCAGCAAGAAACUGCUAAAUGCCACAAUCCCAAUGACUGUGCAUGUUCACAGAGACUUAUCGCUUUGCUGUGCUUGCAAAACUACGUGUGCUUGGAAAUGUAGAAACAUAAAGCCCAGCAAAAAGGGAUACAAACAUUUGAAGCCAAAAACAUGAAGAUUAGACAUAUCCCUGUAGCAACCAUCAUUCCCAUCGUAGCUGAGCAAUUGCAACACCAGAGUUCCCUCUAGUAAUUUUUGUUGGACACUCUACGCACCCCUUAUGCUUUUAGUUAGCGUUUUGACGGAUAACUUGCAGCGCACAACAAUGCGACAAAAAGAGAGAAAUUUACAUCGAAGAUGGUUUUGAUUACUGUAAGGGACACUCCAACUUUUUUUUUUUAUAUAUAUAUAUAACUGUGCACACCACUAUUGCAGAUGGUUCCCUGGACCCUUGCCUGCAUUAUUUUGUACAGAUGUACAUAGUGUUUGUCUCUUGUACAUUGAGGACACGCAAGUUGUACGAGAGUCCGGGACAGUGAAAUGCAUAUAAACAUAUAUAUGUACAUACCUCUGCAAUGUACAGCCCACGCUAUAGUUAUUAAAGCUGUUUUGAAAAAUGA